ACGAAAGAAGUAGUUUCCAAACAAGCAAGAUGUCGUCGCACGCGGGUGGAGACGCGCUGCUUGUCCACACCGCGUCAUUACAUACCGCCAAUGUGGAGGAAAACGCGUCGCAUUUAAUUGAGAAGACCUCAUCCCAAGAGGAUCCGUGGGCAUGCCCCGAACUUAAAGACACGGGGACACCUUGGACAGACUUGGACACCAAAGGGAAGGCACUCCGUGGUACGUGGGCCUUUACACGGAUAAUUCUAAUAUUCAUAAGCCUCUACUUUUUCGUUUGUUCUUUGGACUUCCUUAGCUCGGCCUUUAGACUGCUCGGAGGUAAGACGGCUGGUCGUGUGUUCCAGGACAGUGAGCUGGUCCGUAACCCUGUGUGUGGGGUGAUGAUAGGCCUGCUGUCUACAGUGCUGGUCCAGAGCUCCUCCACCACCACCUCCAUUGUAGUCAGCAUGGUGGCAGCCGACAUUCUAACGGUGAAACUUUCCAUUCCCAUAAUCAUGGGUGCCAACAUAGGGACAUCCGUGACCAACACCCUGGUUUCCAUGGGGGAGAUAACUCAUCGUAACGACUUCCGGCGGGCGUUUGCAGGAGCCACAGUCCACGACAUGUUUAACUGGCUGUCAGUUAUUGUGCUGCUCCCCCUGGAGGUGGCCACGGACUAUCUUUAUCGUCUGACCGGUACCAUUGUCGAGAACAUGCGGCUGGAAACGUCACAAGACGCCAACAAGGAUUUGUUGAAAGCAGUGACAAAACCCUUUACCGAACUUAUAAUACAGAUAGAUUCCAAGAAGAUUGGUUUGAUAGCAAAAGAAGGAGAUAAGGACUACAGCUUGCUGAAGACGUGUUGUCUGUCCAAGACAACUACCACUCCCAAUGAAACGGGAUACAACUUUACCAAAACCGAUUGUCUCAAGAAAUGUACCCAUCUGUUUGUUGACUCAGGACUGACAGAUUCUGUGAUAGGAACAAUCAUGUUGAUUGCCUCUCUAAUUCUCUUGUGUGUUUGUCUCUUCGCAAUAGUCAAGUUGCUAAACUCUCUCCUGCAAGGAAACAUCCGAAAGUUUAUUAAAAAGUUCAUUAAUUACAAUUUCCCGGGGAAAGCAGCUUACUUUACCGGAUACAUCGCCAUUUUGAUCGGAAUGGGAUUUACAAUAUUACUCCAGUCUAGUUCCAUUUUUACCUCGACCUUGACCCCUUUAGUAGGCAUUGGGGUCGUUAGCAUAGACCGAAUGUACCCCUUGUCUAUUGGCUCCAACAUUGGAACAACAACAACAGGAAUACUUGCAGCACUUGCCACAGACACACAAAAUGGAACUCGACAACUUCAAAACUCUCUCCGCAUUGCGAUGUGCCAUCUGUUUUUCAACCUUUCAGCCAUAUGCCUAUGGUAUCCCAUUCCAUUCAUGAGAUUCCCGAUACGUAUGUCUAAAUUCCUUGGCAACACAACAGCAAAGUACCGCUGGUUUGCGCUGUUCUAUCUGCUCAUGGCAUUUUUCCUCCUCCCCCUCGCUGUGUUCGGGCUGUCACAAGCAGGCUGGGAAAUUCUGACUGCUGUUGGGACAACCUUCCUUUGCCUAAUUUUAAGUAUAUGUAUUAUUAAGAUUCUUCAGAUGAAGAGGCCCCAGUGGCUACCCAAAAAGCUUCGAGACUGGAAGUUUUUACCCAUUUAUUUUCGCUCACUAGAGCCGCUGGAUCGACUGUUUAAACACAUGUUUGGUUUCUGCAAGGUAUGUCACCACCAUCACCAUCAUCAUCAUCAUGAGGAAGAAGAGAAAAUGGCGGGGAAUGCAGAGGAAAAAGAAAGCUCGAUGUUGUAAUCAUUAAAUACAUUCAUUGGUAAUAGUUUUAAUAAACACUAAUCACAGAUUUAUUUUCUACCAAGUUCUUAUCUCAUUGUCGUUCCUUAUGAAAACAAUGGAAAUGUUAUAUGGGGUCUUUCAGUUUGAUAAUUGGAAAAAAAUUUCCGACUUCCUUGGUGUGAAACGCCUUUUCUUGUCAUUUUUUUUUUAUCAUGUUUUGAUUGAACGUUGUCUGUAAAAUGUUUAUGACAAACCUGUUAGAGCCUCAUUAUAAGCUUACGUAACCACUUUAAACAGACAUCAUCCAAAACUCAAACAUCACCAAAAACAAAUAAAACUGCGUUCAUUUUUUGAACGGAGGAGCCAUCGUUGCCAACAAAGUAAACUCGGGGUGUUGCUUGUUUUCUUCAAACAGCGAUGUUUGUUGUUCUUGAUUAUGUUUCUCGUAGAAAAUAAAAUAAGAUUUUUCGUAAUACAUGUAAAUCAAAAAUAACUUUCUUAAUUCUUUAGCCUUCCAAACUCCCUUUGGAGUUAGGCAUUUUCAAACAUUCUAUAUACAUAUAUAUAGCUAGUGAUACAAACCGAUGAGCACUUUCCUUAAGUGGUUCUGUUGUAAACAAAAUUGAAAGAUUUGAAAGAUUUUUCUUUAAAUAGUUGCCCUUUUUAAACCAGAUAUUUAAUUCAGAUAUGUGAGCAAAUAGGUACUCAGCCGGAAAACGCUGAUGAAAAUGAUAAAAAGACCGGUUUACUUCGUUCACGUGAAACCCACGUGCACACUCGUGGAAUAAACUGACAAUUCGGUUAACAGGUUAAUGGUCAAUGUUUAUAAACAUUUACUCUUGGCAAUCACUGUAUAGUUAAAAUUUCUAUUGAAAUAAAUUUUUUACGUCAUUUUGUUCCCUUUUUUUCUUUACAGUUCGGUUUUUUACGUCAUUUUGUUCCCUUUUUUUCUUUACAGUUCGAUUACAUCAGUAUUCGUGUCCUUAUUUUUCUUCAUUUUACCUACACUAUAAUACAGGUAUAAUAAUAAUGAUAAAAGUUAAGGAACUCGUAUAGCUACAUACUGAAUUUUAUGAUACAUGUAGCAUGCACCUGUAUUAACAUAGUGUACAAUUAUUGUUGCAUAGAUUCCUUUAACAUGUACAUUAUAAGC